AUGUCUUUCUUCACGCUUUCUUUAUUCGGGUUGUGUUUUGAUGAACAAACUCACUACGGUAGUAAAGAUCUACAAAAGUACCUUGUUAACAAGUGUUCGACACAGAGAUUAAUAACCAUUGUUCCACGGCGAUGCGAUAACUACUUCUUUCUUAAUCAAACCCUUUUGAGCGAACAUUCUAGAAAUCUGUUCAAUGUAUUUUAUUUUUACCUUUCUCUUUUCUCCGUUUCUUUCAUAAUUUUUCAUUUUAUGCUCAUCAUUUCUUUCUUUCAUUCCAUCAUUUCCAUUUUUCAUUUUUUAUAUCUUAUUCUUAGUAACUUUUUCAUCCGUAAUCUUUUCUUUCUUAUUUUCUUUUCUUCUUCCGUUUUUGCAAACCUUCCUUCCUUCCUUCCUUCCUUCCUUCCUUCCUUUCCUUCGUUCAUUCCUUCCUACAUUCAUUCCUUCAUCCAUUACUUCCUUCCUUUCCUUCCUUUAUUCCUUCCUACAUUCAUUCCUUCAUCCAUUCCUUCGUUCUUUCAUGCCUUCAUCCUUUCUUUUCCUUCCUUCAUCUUUUCCUUCCUUCGUUUGUUCCUUCCUUCCUUCCUUUCUUCAUCCCUUCCUUCCUCGUUCCUUCCUCCUCUUUCUUUCCUUCCUUCCUUCCUUCCUUCCUUCUUUCCUUCCUUCCUUCCCUUUCUUUCCUUCUUUCCUUCUUUUCUUCCUUCCUUCCUCCCUCUUUCCUCAUUCCUUCCUUCCUUCCUUGAUCCUUCUUUCCCUUUCCUUCUUUCCUUCCCUUUCCUUCCUUCCUUCCUUCCUUCCUUCCUUCCCUUUCCUCCCUUCAUCAUCCCUUCCUUGUUCCUUCUUUCCUUUUCCUUCCUUCCUUCCUUUCUUCCUUCCUUCCUUCCUUCCUUCCUUCCUUCCUUCCUUCUCUUUCCUCCCUUCCUCCUUCCUUCCUUCCUUGUUCAUUCCUUCCCUUUCCUUCCUUCCUUCCUUCCCUUUCCUUCCUUCCUUUCUAUUUUACUUCUUUCUUUCAACCAAGCAACGUCCUCAUGUGUUAGAAUUAUGAAACAUUGA